CGCGUUUGUCUGCCUUUGUCCGCCUCGUUUGUUUGUCUGGCAGCGAUAACCACUCAGAGGUGGUGCUGGCCGUGGCUCCAUUGUGUGAAGCUGUUGUCAGCCCAUCACGUCCGUCCAUCCCCUCCCUGUGUCCCCUUUUCUCCCUGCUCUGUGACUGGUCAUUUUGCUCCUAUUUUCUGGCUGCAGGGGGUGACCCGGGCAAUUUAGUUAAUCCAUUAACAACUAAUUGUCUCCUCCUACCCUGUUGCUUGGACAAACAGCCCAGUGGGGGGAAGUUGAGCCCUGUUGCUCUAUAAAAGUCACGCAGCAAGAGGAGGCGGCCAGUGUCACCGCGUAGAUCCCUUCACCGCUCGCUUAACUCGGACUUUUAAAGCUUUGGAUUUUAUUUUAUUUCAUAGGUGUCUUCUUUUUCUAUUUUUAGCUUCCCUCUCUCUUAUUUUUCUUCAUUUUUUGUGGUUUGGAGAUGGCUGGGAACCUCUGGCUACUCUGUGUUUUUCUGAGCUUCUCCUGGACUGAAGCUCGUAUAUGGGCCUGGAUGCUCAACAUGCCUCACAGUCCUCCCAAAGAGGGAGCAAAGGCACUUAGAGAGAGCGCUCCCAUCGCCAAAGCACUCACGCCCAUGUGCGACCAUGACAGGGCUUGUGGACGGGGCUUCUCGUGCGACCGCCACUUUGGCCUCUGCGUGCCUCUACGCGGGGAGGGUCACUACUGUCGGAGGGAUGCUCAGUGUGUCCGUGGACUUAGCUGCAUGUUUGGGAAGUGCCACCGCAGCAUCCCCAAUGGACAAGAGGGUGCAAGGUGUAAAGUCGACAGGGACUGCGGAGCGUCCAUGUGCUGCGCCCGGCAUCACGGCGAGCAGGUGUGCAAGAGGCGACUGAUCCGUGGCGAAAGCUGUUACGUGCCCGACGGCGGCCUGGCGUUCAGCAUCAACCAGAUCUGUCCGUGUGACGACGGCCUGCUGUGUCGAGAAACCGGCGGACCGCACCGGAGAGAGAGGGACUUUGUUUACCAGCCAGAAUGGACAAGCUGGACCUGCCAAGUGCCCAAACUUUGAUAUCAGCCUCAAUACUAAAGCUAUUUAUUAUGUAAAUAUGUUGUAUAUAAAGAAAUGUGUAUAGUCUGACAACAUUGAUGUUUUUUUUGUUUCAUUUUGAACAUUUUGACAAAAGCACUAUUGUAUGUAAAUGUCCCUCAUGCAUUUAAUGAUCUAUGACUGUAGCUAUAAAUGUCAAACUGCUGUCAGUUUAAAGAAUAAAAAGAAAUGUUCUCCCUGAAAG